AUUUUCAUAACCUACGAUAAUCAAAGGAGAAGGUGGAAAUUAGCGAUCCAUGAAAACACGCGAAAGAAUAGGAAUAUCGUGGUAACUUCAAUCUUUGGAAAAGAACACGUCCACUUUCGAAGUGAUAAAUCAUUUGUAUAAAAAAGGUACAUAUUCAAACGAUUAUAUCAGGGCAUUGGAAACGAAAUGGAUAUUAUUAGAAUCGAAAAAUUGUGAAAACGUGAAAGAAAUUGUCACAACUGGACAAUCUAAUGAAUAUACAUACAUACGAGUGUGUAAAUGAGCUAAGUGAAAAAUAUAUGCACGAAUAAACGAAUUACAAAUUAAUAAAAAAUUUGUGACUCAUUGUGCGGAAAGGAAAACUACCGCCAGCAAUAUUAAGAAAAUCAAAGAACAGCAAUUGGAAUAAUCACCGGUACUGAUUGGUUGCCCACUCUAGAGUUAAAGUCAUCAACAAGACUUCUGCAGCUUCAGUUAAAAAUAAGACCGUGGGAAAAUGUCUGUGAUUGGAAUCGAUUUUGGCAAUGAGGGAUGCUAUGUUGCUGCUGCCAAGGCUGGGGGAAUUGAAACUCUUGCUAAUGAUUACAGUUUGCGCGCAACCCCUUCCUUUGUAGCUUUUGAUGGAAGAAAGCGCAUCAUUGGUGUGGCUGCCAAAAAUCAACAGGUCACAAAUAUGAAAAAUACAGUGAGCGGUUUCAAGCGUUUAUUGGGACGAAAAUUUAACGAUCCACACGUACAGCGUGAACUUAGCAGCAUUCCAACGAAAGUCGAUCAACGCCCAGACGGCAGCAUUGGAUUUAAAGUGAAUUAUUUAGAUCAGGAGCAAUACUUUUCUCCAGAGCAACUGACAGCAAUGCUCUUCACGAAGCUGAAGGAAACUUCGACAGCUGCUUUGCAAGCACAGGUUAAUGACUGUGUAAUUGCUUGUCCGGCGUACUUCACUAAUUCAGAGCGCAAAGCAUUAUUGGACGCCGCUCAAAUUGCAGGUCUGAAUGUGCUGCGUCUAAUGAAUGAAACUACGGCAACCGCGCUGUCAUACGGUUUCUAUAAGCAGGACUUACCAGAUGAGAGCAAACCGCGGAACGUCGUUUUCGUUGACUGCGGUCAGUCGUCAUUGCAAGUUAGUGUAUGCGCCUUUACGAAAGGUAAAUUGAAGAUGAUUGCUAGUGCUUGGGACCAAAUUGGAGGACGUGACUUUGACAGUGUUUUGGGGGAACACUUUGCUAAAGAAUUUUAUGACCGCUACAAGCUGAACGCCAAGUCGAACGCUCGUGCUUAUCUACGUUUGCUAACUGAAAUUGAGAAAUUGAAGAAGCAAAUGUCAGCGAACAGUACUAAGCUGCCUAUCAAUAUAGAAUGCUUUAUGAACGAUGUUGAUGUUUCUUCGUCUAUGCAACGCUCACAAAUGGAAGAAUUGUGCGCGCAUUUAUUCCAACGAGUAGAGAUGACAUUCAUUAAAUUAUUACACGAUUCAAAAUUGUCACUGGAUGACAUACACUCUGUAGAAGUUGUCGGAGGUACUACACGUAUACCUGCAAUUAAACAGUUGAUUGAGCAGGUAUUCGGUAAGCCUGCUAGUACAACUUUGAAUCAAGAUGAGUCAGUGUCUCGCGGUGCAGCACUGCAAUGUGCAAUCAUGUCACCAGCUGUUCGUGUACGCGAAUUCGGCGUAACCGAUAUUCAAAAUUAUGCCGUCAAAGUUAGUUGGGAUGGUGAGGGUUCCCAAGCUGGCGGUGAAAUCGAAGUAUUCCCCGCCUUUCACUCUGCUCCGUUUAGUCGCUUGCUUACACUGAAUAGAAAAGAACCAUUCGCAAUGACUGUGCAAUAUGCACAACCGAUACCGUUCCCAGAUCCAGUUAUCGGCAAAUGGUUCAUAAGGGAUGUAAAACCGAAUGAACGUGGCGAGCACCAAGAAGUUAAAGUGAAGGUUCGCAUCAAUCACCAUGGAAUCGUAUUGAUUUCAAGUGCUUCACUUGUCGACAAGAAGGAAGAUGAAGCCUCCAAUGCUGCAGCAAAUGCUGGCGAGCAAGGUACUGGUCCGGGCAAUGAAGAUAAGGGUAAUGCCGGUGAUCAACAGCAUCAAGCUGGCAACGGCGGAGAGCCCAUGGACGUACAACAAGAGGCAUGUAAUGAUAAUGAAGAUGAUUAUAAUACAUCAACAGCCUCAUCACCUGGAGGACAAGGGUGGGCUCAGCGGGUCAAGGGCUGGUUUAGUUCGGGCACUGAAAAGAAAAAGAAGAGCACUAAACUAAUUGAGCUUCCUAUGGAAGUCAAGACCCAUGGUUUCUCAACGCCUGACUUGCAAGAUUUGGUUCAACAGGAGGCUAAAAUGAUUGCAAAUGACGCAAGGGAAACCCAACGCGUUGAUGCUAGAAAUGCGCUCGAGGAGUACGUUUACGACAUGCGUAACAAACUUCAAGGUGGUUCACUUGAGCGCUAUGUACUGGAAGCAGAUCGCGAAGCAAUUUGUUCUCAACUUAAUGAUCUCGAAAACUGGUUGUAUGAGGAGGGAGAGGAUUGUGAUCGUGAAACUUAUGUAAACAAACUAAAGGGUCUCCAUGCCCAAACUGAUCCAAUUAAAGAACGCGCCAACGAUUAUGAAAACGCUCCAGCUGCUUUCGAUGAACUAAAUCACAGCAUACAGGUGGCUCGAGGUGCUAUCAAUGAGUUCAAAAAGGGCGCCGCAAAGUAUGAUCACCUAACUGAGGCCGAGUUUUUGAACAUUUCUGAGGCAACCGAUAAAGCGCAGAAAUGGCUGGAUAGCCACAUGAACAAGUUUACACAGACACCGCGAAUGCACGACAGCCCCGUCAAAGUGGCCGACAUACGCCAUGAAGUACAGACAUUGAAUUCGUGCGUCAAUUCGGUGAUUAAUCGUCCCAAACCAAAACCAGCUGCGAAACCAGCACCUGCGAAAGAUGCCAAUUCGACAGGAUCGAGCGAGCAGAAUGGCGAGAAUGCUGACAAAGAACAUGAAAAAGCUACUCCAAUGGAUGAUGCUACUAUGGACGUAGAGUAAAUAGAUGUUAUUUGCUAAUAUGGUGGGGGUGUUCUUAGAAAGUAAGUCCUGCCCCAUAAAUAGGAAAACAGAAAAUUUAGAACGAACGCGGGGCUUCUUUUGUUUCCGUUACACAUACACACAAUUCGUAUAAUUAUGGGAGUUUGGAGAACAUGGAGAACAAACGAAAAAUAAGAAUUACGAAGAUAUAUUGCAGUUAAGGGCAAUGAAUGAAUAUUAUCUCUGAAAUAAA